AUGUACCGAGUCAACCCAUUGACGUACAUGGUAUCUUCUUUCUUGUCCACGUCUCUUGGCAAUGCGCCUAUGCACUGUGCCGACAACGAAGUCUUAUCCUUUGCUGCCCCAGCAGAGAAGACCUGCUCGGAUUAUAUGAAGGACUAUCUGUCAACAAACCCUGGAUAUUUGCUCACUGUCUACUCCCAGGUGAACAACAGUUGCAGUUUUUGUGCCAUGGGAAAUACCAAUGAAUUUUUGGAGAGCCUUGGCAUUGAUUUCUCUACCCGAUGGCGAGAUUUUGGUCUCCUCUGGGUUUACAUUGCGGUAAACACCGUUGGGGCGGUUAUGUUCUACAGGCUCUUUCCCGUUCCGAGAAACAAGACUGCUAAAAAUAGGUAA